AUGACUAUCCUCAUUGAGCAGAUCGAGAAUGGUGCCCAAGCAGAGGAGCAGAAGACGCUGACGAUCACCAACGACCUGGUGCUCGACGGCGGGUUCGCGGUGCCGAAAGAGGCGUCGAACGACGGGUUCUUGGCUCCCGAGAUCAAUGCAUUCGGUCACUCUUUCAGGGACUAUGAUGCAGAAAGCCAGAGGCAGAAGACGGUGGAGGAGUUCUACCGGCUGAACCACAUCCACCAGACGUACGACUUUGUGAAGAGGAAGAGGGAGGAAUACGGCAAGUUGGACAAGAUAGAGAUGAGCAUAUGGGAGUGCUGCGAGCUCCUGAACGAUGUGAUAGACGAGAGCGACCCUGAUCUGGACGAGCCUCAGAUCGAGCACUUGCUUCAAACCGCCGAAGCCAUCCGGAAGGAUUAUCCUGACGAGGACUGGUUGCAUUUGACCGGCCUUAUCCACGAUCUUGGAAAGGUGCUGCUCCACCCCAGCUUCGGUGGGCUUCCCCAAUGGGCUGUAGUUGGUGAUACACAUCCUCUCGGAUGCGCCUUCGACGAAUCCAUUGUCCACCACAAGUACUUUGAGGGCAACCCGGACUACCACAAUCCUGCCUACAACACCAAAUGCGGGAUUUACAGCGAAGGAUGCGGCCUGGACAAUGUGAUGAUAACAUGGGGUCAUGAUGACUACAUGUACUUGGUGGCCAAAGAAAACAAAACCACUCUCCCUCCGGCAGCAUUGUUCAUCAUCCGUUACCAUUCGUUUUAUCCAUUGCAUAGGUGCGGGGCGUACACGCACCUCAUGAACGAGCAGGAUAAGGAGAGCAUGAAGUGGCUCAAGAUAUUCAACAAAUACGAUCUUUACAGCAAGAGCAAGGUCAGGAUCGAUGUUGAGGAAGUCAAGCCAUACUACAUGUCACUCAUUGAGAAAUAUUUCCCGGCGAAGCUCAGGUGGUAA